UUCAGUAUCUUUGACAACCUGUUUCUGGUGCCAUUUACAAACCGUCUUCAAUCUAUUUCGAAAUAUUCAUAAACAUUAUUUAGUUUCAAAAGACUCAUAAUAAAAUAGAACAAAAAUAUGUCAUCGAGCCAAUAUCUGCCCCCUGAACUACAAGAAGCAAUAGAGACGAUUAUCAAAAAUGAAGACUUCACAGCUUUUAAUAUAGACGUCAAGAAAGUAGAAAAAAUUAAUAGCUACGUUGGUGUUUACAGAGAAAUAAACAUAAAGGGAGAGAACAAAAAUGGACAUAAGGAACUUCAGCUGUUUACUAAAACUAUUCCUGAUAAAACUUAUAUCGAAGCAAGUGCUUUGAGUGCAAUAUGUUCCAUAACAGAUGCAUUUAAAAAAGAGAAUUUUAUGUAUUCAGAAUUUCGCAAGACUAUCGAUGAAGUGCAAGAAGAAGCCAACAUACCCCUCGAAGAGAGAUAUACGCUUGUUAAGAGCUAUGCUAGCACAGAUUCAGACACAAUCGUAAUGGACAAUUUGGAGGCAAAGGGUUUCGUAAUAUAUCCACAUCAAGACGUGAUGCCGUUGAAAUUCGCUGAGUUAGCAAUGCAGCGCUUGGCCAAGUUCCAUAGUUUAACCUUCAUACUUAAAGAAAGGCGUCCGAAAUUCUUUGAGGAGAAAGUUAAGAUAUUGCACCAUCCUGUAUUUUACAAAAAAAAAUCGUGUCGAGAGUUUUUUGACAAUUUAACUCAAAUUAGUCUCAAUUUCUUAAGUCCAUGUCAAAAAGAGAAGAUGGUGGAGUUCCUACCGACCACGUAUGAUAAAUAUGAAAAGUAUCUGCUAGAUCCAGCGGACACAUGUACUUUAGUCCAUGGAGAUUAUAGACCUAGUAAUAUCAUGGUACAACUCAAAGACGGCGACGCUUUCGAAGUGAUGCCCAUUGACUACCAAUCUGUCUUCUACGGCUGCUCCAUCUUCGACCUGAUCUGGAUCACGAUCACCAGCACAGACCAAGAAUUCAGGAAAAAUCACAUGGAACACCUCAAAAACGUAUAUCAUGAGUCCAUGAAGGAGUUUUUAAAACUUUUCAACAUGGACGUUGAACAAUAUUACCCGAGAGCAGAAUUUGAAAGGCUUUACAAAGAGAAGCUUCCUCUUGGUCUGAUGUUUGCACUGUGGUUUCUUCCAGGGCAUUUGACGAACAAUGAUGAUAUUUUAAACAAAGAUUUUUCUGCGUCGAGCUUCAAAAAGAGUGAUGUGUUCGAAACAAGGAUUCGGGGUAUCGUAGACGAUUACAUACAAUGGGGCUAUGUAUAA